AUGACUCUCACAGCAACCAAGUUCACCCCCGAGGUGCUGCUGUCGGCACCACGCCGCUCGCCAGCUGUCCCCAACGCCAAGGGGACCAAGGCACUAUUCACAGCGACCACGUACUCGUUCGAAACACACAGAAAGACUUCCCAGAUCAGAAUGCUUGAUAUCCAAUCUGGCCAGUCAACACUUCUUGUCGAUGAUUUGAGCGCCAGCGAACCGACAUGGAUUGGCGACGAUGAGUUCCUCUACCUCAAGACUGGUGAUAAGGGUAACACUACCGUCUUGGUUGACAAGACCGCCCGCCCAGGUUCUCAAGCAUAUGAGGUCACUACGAUCAAGGCUCGUAUCUCGAACAUCAAGAUCAAAGAGCUCCCUAACGGCACUGUCGCUUUCGUCUGCUCCGCCUCCACUACUCCAGAUGGACAGCUGUCCAACCCUGUGACGGCGAAGAAGCCAUAUUCUAGUGCUAAGGUCUAUACCAGUCUCUUUGUCCGCCAUUGGGACGAGUGGCUAGGAGAGGACAAGAACUCCCUUUGGUACACCGCGUUGGAGAAGAAGAACGGUCGUUUUACGCUAGCGGGCCGCAGUCUCGUCAACGCCCUGGCGGGAUCGAAGCUUGAAUCUCCAGUACCGCCCUUCGGAGGAACUGGUGAUUUUGACAUUAGUUCCACAGGAUUGGUGUUUGUCGCUAAAGACCCUGAGCUCAACCCUGCCAUUUACACAAAGACCGACCUUUACUAUGUUCCGCUCAAGAACUUCAUCGAGGAGCAGCCACCAUCCCCGAAGAUUGUCGAGACACCUGGCCUGGAAGGCUAUACUAACAGCCCUGUCUUUUCGCACUGCGGCUGCAAGGUGGCCUUCACCCGCAUGAAGAGCAAGCAAUAUGAAUCUGACAAGCCCCGUCUGAUGCUUCUACCGGACAUCAGCGAUCUGAGCAAGACUGAAGAAUUCUUCGCCACGGAUGACGGUGAAGGAGCGUGGGACUAUCGCCCCGAAGGGAUUCUCUGGAGCGCCGAUGACAAAUCGCUUUACGUGACAGCCGAGAAGAACGCUCGUGUCCGCCUCUGGGAGGUCCCUUCCAACCCAGCCGAUGCCAAGGACACUCCCACGAUUGUCAAGACCGCAGACGGCAGUGUGAACGAUGUCAGACUUCUUGCUGAGGCCGAUUCGUCCUCGAAGCUUCUGGUCUCUACUACCUCUCUGGUUGACAACAGCUGCUACAGCAUCGUCGACCCCUCUUCCAACACCACCGACAUCAUUUCGUCUAACUCUAAGCAAGGGAAGACGUUCGGUUUGUCGAGAUCCUGCAUUGGAGAUAUUACCUUCAAGGGAGCUGGUGACUACGACGUCCACGCGCUCGUCGUCCGCCCCUCCAACUUCGACGAAAAGAAGAAGUACCCUCUUUGUUUCCUGAUUCACGGCGGACCCCAGGGUGCCUGGCAAGACGGAUGGAGCAACCGCUGGAACCCAGCCGUCUUUGCGGAGCAAGGAUACGUCGUCGUGAGCCCGAACCCGACAGGAAGUACGGGCUACGGCAUGGCCCUCCAGAACGGUAUCAAGGGCCAGUGGGGCGGCAGACCGUAUGAAGAUCUGGUUAAGGCGUUCGAGCACAUUGAGAAGAACAUGCCGUAUGUGGAUACAGAUAAGGCGGUUGCGUUGGGUGCUAGUUAUGGUGGCUAUAUGAUCAACUGGAUCCAAGGCCACCCCCUCGGACGCAAGUUCAAGGCGCUCGUCUGCCACGAUGGUGUCUUCAGCACACUGAACCAGUGGGGCAGUGAGGAGCUCUUCUUCCCCAUCCACGACUUCGAGGGAACCAUUUACGACAACCGCGCCGGAUACGAGAAAUGGGAUCCCGCUCAGCAUGUGAACGAGUGGGCUACGCCACAGUUGAUCAUCCACAGCGAACUCGACUACCGUCUCCCCAUAACCGAAGGUCUCGCGCCUUUCAACAUCCUCCAAUCCAAGGGCAUUCCCAGCAAACUGGUCAUGUUCCCCGAUGAGAACCACGAGAUGACCUUCAAAAAGCUCAGCAGCGAACACCAACCAGUCCUCCCCCGCCACCACCACCUCCUCUUCCUUCUCACUCCGGGCUCUUCUCACUCCGGGCUCAAGGAGCCAUGA